AUGGCACGUAGAGAAGAUCACCUUCGUCGUCAUCAUCAUCAUCGUCAAAUUCAUUAUGCAUCAAUUUUACCGGUAACGACAAAUAAUGAUAAUUAUCAUGAACCAUAUAUUGCUCGAAAACCAAGUGGACAAGAUCGAGAGAGAGCACUUUAUAUCGAAUUUGAAAAUGCAUUUCAAGAGCAAACAACAACAAAUCAGGACUAUUUUGGUGUUCAAACAUCUGAACAAAAUUCUCAUCCAUCAACGAAUAUUCCUAAUCAAACUGUUGAAACUAUUUCUGAAAUUGAAAAUCGAAAUCUUGUACCUCAUAUACGUUAUCAAGCAUCACGUGAAACUAGUCAUUCAUCGGAUACACCACCUUAUCAACCACGAUAUAAUCAUCAUCCGAAUCCUUCUCGACCUCAUAAACAUUUAUCGAAUGAAAAUAGUCGUGAAAAUCUUAAUCAAGAUUUUAUGAAUUUAACUCUACUACAUUCAAAUGAUAAUAAAGAUAUACCAACAUCAUUUACUAAUGAUGCUAUUCGAUCGAAAGCAAAACAACAACAACAACAACAACAAGAAAUUAUUCCGAAUUCAUCUAUACAAACAAAAAUAAUCUUACCGCAAUAUUUUCUUGUCAAAUAUUUAGGUCGAGUACCAUGUCCUCAAUUAUGGGGUGCAAAAGCAGUACGAACUCCUGUCGAUGAUAUGGUACGUGCUGCUCGUCAUCUAUCAUCUAUGAAUGAAAUUCCAACAUUAGAAGCAUGUGUUAAUACACGUGGUUUUACAUUAACACAUAGACAUUCACCUACACGUACUAAACAUCAUCAUUCACGUAAUCAUAGUCCCGAACGAUCUCAACAGGGUCUUAUUCCUCUUGAAAAUAUCUCCUAUGUUAUGCAUGAUAAUAAAUAUUCUAAAGUAGCAUCAUGUAUUGUAUUACGUCAAGUUAAAACAUUAACAUCAGAUCAUAAAACUAUUAAUGAAACAUUAACUGAAUGUUAUGCAUUUUUAUUUCAAUCGAAAGAAUAUGCACAUCGAUUUGCUCUUGCACUUGCAGAAGCAUUUAAUACACAAAAACAAUCAAUGCGACCUUCAAGACAAAAUCACGAUAAUAGAAGAGAAGGACGUUCACCUCAACGUCGUUCAAGACAUCGACAUAGUCAUCAUCGUGAUAGAUCAAAUGAGAAUUAUCUAAAAGAUUCACAAGUAUGA